UGAUACACGUAUCUCCCUAACCGGCUGCCCCUGACGACGUGACCAUAACAUUACCAAGCUUGGCCCACAGGCUUAUAACCAUAUCGCACUUAUGACAGUUCAAGCGAUAAUUCAGCCUCGAGUGGAGCUUAUUUUCAAAGGAUUUCCCAAAUGAAACACCAACAAGUUACGGUGGACUAUUGGACGAUGUUCAAGACAUCCGGAAUGUGUCUUUUACUGGCCGUUUGCGGAUUUGUACUUUUGAAAAUGGUGCAGACCAUUUUCUGGCUACCCGGACAUCUGAAGAAGAACCAGCAGCGCCUGGAGGAACUGGCCAAAAUCUACGCCAAGGACAUUAGCGAGGAAGAGAGGGCCGAGAUCGAGAAACUGUUCAACAGCAAGGAGCCGGUGUCUGAGGAACGCAUCAACCAGUUGCUCGACAAGUCAGAGACUUCGGAGCCCAAAAAGGAGCAAUAGUUGAAUAAAAUGAUUUUUCACUUGUUUUUUAUAUAUAUAUAUAUAUUUAUGUAUAUUGAGUGUAUAAUCGAUAAUUUGUUGAUACAGGAUCUAGUUCUUAUUUGCAUAUCGUAUAUGUAACUCGCAACACAAUCAAUCGUUUAACCAAUCCAUUAAUAAUGCA